CAUGUGAAAAGGGAGGAUGGAGCUCAUAUCUCAUAAGUGUUGGGAGGAAAACUUGCAGACUGGCUUUGCUCACACAGAAGCAAGCACAAACUGCCGGGUGUGGACAGGUGGAAAGUGGAUCUGUGUGAGUUCAGUUUGUCAUGUUGGAUCUUUGUUGUUACAGGAAUACAAACUGGGAGAAGUUUUUUGUGUGUUAGUUUUCCAGUGACAUCAGCAGGUCAGUGUCUGAACUGCUUCUCUGAGAUGUACAAAAACCAGUCUCUGACCAACGUCUCUGCUGAGCUGCAGUAUCAGGGCUUACUGGAGAGAGUGAUGUUCUCCACUCUGACCACAGCCUCCUGCUGCGUCUUCCUCUUCAUUAAUCUGACCAUGUUAUUCACCCUGAGGAGUAAACCGGUGUUUCGUGAGACGUCUCGUUACGUCCUCCUGUUUAACCUCCUUUUUGCAGAUACUACGCAGAUGGCCCUGAGUCAGUUAAUGUACAUACUGGCUGCUUGCAGAAUUAGACUGACAUAUCCUGUCUGUGGUGUUCUCACCAUGCUUGGCCAGCUCACAAGUGAAAUCUCCCCUCUCACGCUGGUGUUGAUGUCUCUGGAGAGGUAUGUGGCUGUGUGCUACCCACUGAGGCACGCCACCAUCGUCACCAUCAGAAACACGGGGCUGGCUGUCCUCCUGGUCUGGGCUUUCAGUUCACUCAAUAUCCUCAUUCGAGUUGUGUUACUGUUAGAUUUUCCAUUUUCAGAGCUGGAGAGCCUGCAGAUGAAAGAUUUUUGCUCUGACAUAGCUUUAUUUCUUCAUCCAAUGUCUGGUCACUAUGCCAAAGCCUUCACCUGCUUCCUGUUUGUGUCAGCUGGUGUGGCAGUCACGUCCUCCUAUAUCGGCGUGAUGGUAGCAGCCAGGUCAGCCUCCACAGGCAAAGCUUCAGCCCAGAAGGCUCGUAACACACUGCUGCUGCAUGUGGUGCAGCUGGGCCUCAGUCUCUCCUCCACCAUACACAACCCGAUGCUUGGAGCUCUUUCAACAAUUGUGACAAGGAUAGUGUUUGUCCGUAUACAGAAUGUUUUGUAUGUGUGUGUUUUCAUCUUGCCCAGAUGUCUGAGUUCUUUCAUCUAUGGCAUAAGAGAUCAGACCAUCAGAUCCGUCCUCAUGUACCAUCUGUGCUGUCAGUGGAGACACUCAGUUGUCCAAGCUAAGGCUGACCGGUGAAGCUCUUCAUUGUUUAAAAAUGUCAUAACUAUAACUAUAACGAAUGCCAGUAUUGCUUGAAAUUCCUUUAAAAGUGCUACUAAAAUAUUUCUGACAACCUACAGGCAUUACAUUUGAACAGGGUGUUAGUUUGUUUAAGCUGCUUUUAUUUCAUCUCCUGCUGAAAUGUUGUUAGCAUAGUUGUAACCUCUAACAUGUAUUACUGUGGGCCAAAUGCUUCUGCAGGAGGCACUUUUAGCUUUUACUGGAUGGCUAACAGUAAAGACAGAGGACAGAAGCUGAAAAAUAUCCAACAAUGGUCCUUUGACAGAUGCAAACUAGGGACGUUGAGGUUCACGGUCUGUACCUGUAAGCCCUUGGGCCAUCUGGGGGCCCAAGUGCAUGUGUUCACUGGAGGACUUGUAUGA